AUGGCGGCUAAGCAGAGAUUUGUAGUGUUUGCAAUUUUCCUCUUUCAAGCUGUUGCCCUCACUGACGUUGAGGAAGUAGAAGCACUGAGAAAUUUUUACAGAUCCCUAAACUGCCCUACACAACUUAACAAUUGGAAAUUAGAGGGAGGUGAUCCUUGUGACGAAUUAUGGACUGGGGUUUCAUGCCAUCAAUCAUCAGUCAUUGACAUUAAACUUCAAGGAUUAAGUCUCACUGGUAAUCUUCAAGGAGAUCAACUUGUUCGUCUACAACACUUGAAGCAUUUAGAUCUUAGUUCCAAUCAUUUCCAUGGAGAGAUACCGAAUAGCUUGCCCACUAAUCUCACAGAUUUAAAUUUGGCGGCCAAUUAUUUUAGUCAAACCAUUCCACAUACUGUGACUUCAAUGAAACAUCUCAGGCACCUAAAUCUGAGUCAGAACCUUCUAUCUGGACCACUACCAGAUGUGUUUGGUGGCUUCGACAACCUUAUAAUGAUGGACCUGUCACACAACAACUUUAGUGGAGAUCUACCUGUAUCAUUUCGAACUCUGAUGAACCUUACAAGAUUGCAUCUUCAGAGCAAUGAAUUUACUGGAUCAGUAAUUUUUCUGGCUGACCUUCAUCUACAUGAACUGAACAUUGAAGAUAAUCAUUUUAGUGGUGUUAUUCCUGAGAGCUUUCAAAGUAUUAACAGCUUAUGGAUUGGAGGUAAUCAGUUUCGCAUAGGAGUAAACUAUCCUCCCUGGAAGUUUCCUACUGAUGUUAUGCCCAAUGAGCAGAAUAUCUCUAGUCCUCCAACAACAGAGUCUAGUGCCAUUGAGAAAUAUCCUUCUCAUGAAUCAGGAUAUAACAGAAAGAAAAGACCAGGCUCUGGAGGAAUAGUUAUUAUGGUGGUUGGAGCUGUAAUGACUGUAAUUGGUGCAGCAGUCUUCAUUGCUGUUCGGACUCAUCGGUCUACAAAACAGACACUUGACAGCAUAGGAGGCAGCUUAAGUUCAUUGCAGUCUCUUCCAAUUAGUGCAUCCCAAGGUUCUUUAGUUGCUGAAUACGAUAGGCCAGAUUCAUCUAGCAGUGACUCUCCUCCACUGAUUUCUUCAUGGCAAUUGCCACCUGCACCAACCAUGACUAUUAAAAUGUCGAACAGAAGAAGUUUCUCCAAGAAGUGCAAAAUCCCAAUAUGUGCCAAACUCUAUGCAGUGGCAGAUUUGCAGUUGGCCACUAGCAACUUCAGUCCCAAUAAUCUUCUUGGUGAAGGAACACUUGGUUCGGUUUAUAGAGCAGAUUUCCCUGAUGGACAGGUUCUGGCUGUUAAGAACAUUAAGACUGUAGCACUCUCCAUAACUGAAGAAGAACAAUUUAUGGAAGUGAUUCGAACUGUAUCUCAUCUGAGGCACCCUAAUAUUGUUGCACUUGUUGGCUAUUCUGUGGGGAAUGGAAACCAUCUCCUUUUGUAUGAGUACAUAAGGAAAGUGACACUUGAUGAUGCUUUGCACAAUGUUUUGUGCAUGCCUCUGACUUGGAGCUUCCGACUCCGCAUUGCCAUUGGUGUUUCUCGGGCAUUGAACUACUUGCACACGUCCUGUGUGCCUUCCAUCACCCAUAGCAAUCUAAAGGCUACCAACAUCUUGCUUGAUGAAGAUCUUAACCCUCGUGUUUGUGAUUGUGGACUAGCAGUCCUAAAACCACUGGCCAGCAACAAUGUUAAAAUCAAGGCUUCUGAGAUUGCUAUUGCAGAUAGUGGCUAUGUUGCGCCUGAGCAUGUCAAACGUGGAAGUGGCAACCCAAAGGCUGAUAUCUUUUCCUUUGGUGUGCUGCUUCUUGAGCUUUUAACUGGAAGGCGGCCUUUUGACAGUUCAAGACCAAAAGGAGAGCAAUCACUGGUGGAGUGGGCUUCUUCCAAGCUUCAUGACAGUGAGUCUUUGUUGGGGAUGGUUGAUUCAACAAUAAAGAGAAUAAUUUCCACUCGGGCUCUUUCAUCUUACGCUGACAUUAUCUCUCAAUGCAUUCAGCCCCAGAAGGAAUUCCGUCCUCAAAUGGCUGAAGUUGUUCAGUCACUGGUGUCACUGUUACAGAAGUCUGGACAAGAAAAAGCAAAGUCUGGAAAAGAUAAAGAGACAGCACAAGGCGCUGAAGUUGACCCCUGUGACCGAUCUUUUCGUUCAACCAACAGCCAUUUCUUUGCUUCACCGACUGCAAGCUACUUAUCCAUCUGACCUUCUGCAGUGAGUUGAAUAUAUGCUCCACCUUGUACAAUUUUUUUCAUACUAGGAUUUCUUCACAACCAUUU